CUUCUCAGUAUUAAUGCCACCAACAGAGAAGUUGUCAUGCAAGUGGGUGUGUUUCAUCACUUAGUCAGCCUGUUAACCAGACUUGCUUCACAGGGGAGGAUACAGAUGAACAAGUGGCACACACAACAUCAGAACAGUUUAACACUCUCACUUCUUAAGAGGUUUAAUCAUGGCUUCAAACAAAACCAUACGCCCUACAGAUUGUGGAAUUGAUGAAAAAGCAUGGGCACUGGCGCUUCCUGGCCUCUAUUUCGCAAUUUUUCCCCCUGCUCUUCUGCUGAACCUUAUAGUAGCUUGGGUAUGUUUACGUCUCAAAACCAACUCUACCUUCAUGGUGUACCUGAAGCACUUGGUGGCAGCCGACCUCCUCAUGACCUUGACCUUCCCCAUCCGAGGUGCCAGCGAGCUCCCGGGAGCUUCCGAUCAGCUGAAAAUGUUCGCCUGCCGGUUCUCAAGCGUCUUCUUCUACCUAGCCAUGAACAUGAGCGUGAUUGUGAUGGGACUCAUCAGCCUUGACCGCUACUUGAAGAUUGUGAGAUCCGGGGGAAUUCUUCUGUGUCAGAACCUGCUCUUUAGUAACCUCCUCGCCUUCUUUUUCUGGACUGCGUUGAUCUGCUCGAAUACGUUACCGAUUAUUAUCACAUCAAACCAAGACCCUACGAAUAAGCCCGGAGAGAUCUGCAUCGCCAUGAAAACUGAUCUAGGACUUUCUUUUCACAAGGCAGUCGUCAUGUUCGCCGAAGUGAUUUUCUGGGCCGUGUUCAUUGUGAACGUGUUCUGUUACACCUUCAUUGCUAAGACGGUUUUAGAAUCAUACCAGAGAUCUCGCGGCGACAACGACAAGCGGAAACGUAAAGCAAAGUUCCGUGUUUUUCUCAUUCUUCUCGUAUUUAUGAUCUGUUAUCUACCCUACCACGCCAUCCGCAUACCUUAUACUAGCCUACAGGUUAAAAGUAAUAACACAUGUUAUAAGCAUUCACUUAAAAUUGGGAAGGACUUUGCCCUCUGGCUCUCAUCUCUAAACGUGUGUCUGGACCCCUUGAUCUACUUCUUCCUCUGCAGGGAUUUCAGAGAGAAGUUUAUGGAGAUAUGUGACCUUAAAAGAUUUUUUCCAACUGUCGGCAAAAACGGUGAGGGAUGUCAGUCCACAGAUACUUCAUUCUAAGCUUAAUGUAAAAGUCGUACAGCUCCGAAAAAAAACUGUUAGCAUGUGCCUUUUUGUAAAUAGCUGGCAUAGCACGAUAAGUGUGUGACACAUUCUUGCAGAACACUGAACGCUGACGGUGUUGAAACCACAUCAGGAAGCUCAAAUUGUGCCUAGUUUCACAUCAGAGACCAAAGUAUAUCUUUUUACACAUCCAUGUUUGUUGUCAUAUAAAGAUUUCAUCAAAGCGUUUUUUUGUGAUGAAUUGUUUAUCCUUUUUUGUUUUUUACUUUUUUGUACAUUUUUUGUAUAAUUUUAAAAAGAAUUUUGAAAUUUAUUGCACAAAUGUCUUAAAGGUCUAAGAGCUGAUCAUCUGCAGUAUCUGUGGAAAACUGACCCUGUGACAAAACCAGAUUUGUUUUGCUAACGUACGGGCUAAAAUGCAAUUAAUAAGCAUGUGGUUAUCUUUUGUUUAGACAAAUUACUAGCUACUGAGCUUUUUAUUCAUGGAAUGUGUCCAAUAAAGUUUUAUUCUAAU